CGAGAGAGAGAGAGAGAGAGAGUCUGCAACAAAUCUUCAAUGGGGAAGCAACAAAGGGCAAUGCAAAUUGAUCUGUCUCUGAGUCUAGAAGUUCAAGAAGAAGAAGAAGAAGAAGAAGAAGAAGAGCAAAGUGGGGGAGAAGACAAAGUGUUAGCAGUUUCUCAAGAAGAAGAUGUAUCACAAGACAAGUCAUUGCAAGAAAAUUUGAACCCGGAAGAGCUAUGUUCUCUUCAGAUGGAGAUGAACCGUAUGAAAGAAGAAAACAAAGUAUUGAGGAAGGUGGUUGAGCAAACCAUGAAGGAUUACUAUGAGCUCCAAAUGAAAUUCUCAGUUUUCCAACAAAAUGACCCAAAAAAGGAUCCACAGAUCCUUGGGCAACUAGUAGCUCAGAUUACCACAAUGCUGCUAGUGGCACAUUUGUUUCCCCUCGAGGAAUAG